UAUGUUUUUUUUUUUGUUUUUGAGAUUGAUCUGUCUGAUUCAUUCUCCUCUUUUUUGAGUAGAUAGAUAUGGCCAUUGACCACAACAUGGAAACUUCUGAGAACAGAUUGCAAAAAGAGAUAAGAGAGCCUCUAAUACAGUAUGGAGAAGAUGAAGACAGAAAAAGCACCAAUGAUAGUCAUUGGAUGGUUUAUCUCAGCACAUUUGUGGCCGUUGCGGGCUCUUUUGAAUUUGGGACUUGUGUAGGUUUUUCAUCGCCAGUUGAGGCUGCCCUAAGGAAAGAUCUGAAUCUAUCAAUAGCACAGUAUUCUGUGUUUGGGUCUAUCGUGACUUUUGGUGCAAUGGUUGGUGCAAUCACAAGUGGGACAAUUGCUGAUUUUAUUGGUCGGAAAGGGGCAAUGAGAAUCUCAGCCGUUUUUUGCAUUGCAGGAUGGUUUGCUGUCUACUUCGCCGAGGGAGCUACAUCACUGGAUAUUGGAAGACUGUCCAUGGGAUAUGGAAUGGGAAUCUUUUCUUAUGUGGUGCCGAUUUUCAUAGCUGAAAUAGCACCCAAAGAUCUUCGAGGAGGCUUGACGACGAUCAAUCAGCUUAUGAUCUGCAGUGGAGUAUCUUUUUCCUUCGUUGUAGGCACAGUUGUAACAUGGCGAACCUUGGCUCUAAUUGGACUUAUCCCAUGUUUUACCAAUCUUCUGGGCCUCUUAUUCAUUCCAGAGUCUCCAAGAUGGCUAGCAAAGACGGGACACAAGAAAGAAUUUCAGGUUGCUCUACAGAAACUUCGUGGCAUGGAUGCUGAUAUUUCUCAAGAAGAAGAUGAAAUUCAAGAAUAUAUAGACACUCUUGAAAAGCUCCCUAAAGCCAAAUUGCUGGAUUUGUUCCAAAGAAGAUACUCCCGUUCGGUCAUGAUUGGAGUCGGACUAAUGGUCAUUCAACAAUUUGGGGGAAUCAAUGGAGUUGUCUUUUACACGAGCCAAAUUCUUUCAUCUGCAGGAUUUUCUGCCAAAGUCGGAACUAUAUGUUUUGCUUUUCUUCAGGUUAUAAUAACUAUAUUCAAUGCACUCUUAAUGGACAAGGCUGGAAGAAGACCCCUUCUAUUGAUUUCUACUUCAGGGUUGGUCUUAAGCUGUUUACUAAUUGGGAUGUCCUUCUAUCUGAAGGUCCACGAAUUGGCACCCACAGUAGUUUCUCCACUUGCUGUAACUGGAAUACUGGCAUACAUAGGAUUUUUCUCAAUUGGAAUGGGAGCAGUUCCUUGGGUUAUGAUGUCCGAGGUAUUUCCUCUAAAUAUUAAAGGAGCGGGUGGAAGCCUGGCAACAUUGGUGAACUGGAUUGGAGCAUGGACAAUUUCUUUUACUUUUAACUUUCUUAUACAAUGGAGUUCUUAUGGUACCUUCUUCCUCUAUGCAGCAAGUAAUGCAAUAAGUAUCCUGUUUAUAGUCAUGUUUCUGCCUGAAACAAAGGGGCGAACCCUGGAACAACUUCAAGCUGCCAUUAAUGCCUAGAAAAUGGACAAACCUUGAAAGAAAAAGAGCUGGAGUUUGCUUGAGAAGCAGUUAUUUUAAUCUUUUAAAACUUUGCUAUGCAC